CGCCAAUGUCCCAAUCCCUGGAGAGGUCUCACCUCUCACUGAGAUGCACUCAGAGCCUAUCAGAAUAGGUUUUCCAGUGAAAUGUGGAUGGAAACACACAAUCGAACAGUGCUGAAUGAAUUCAUUCUCAUGGGAAUCACAGACCGCCCUGAGCUGCAGGCUCCAUUAUUUGUGCUCUUCCUCAUCAUCUAUGUCAUCUCAGUGGUGGGCAACUUGGGCCUGGUCAUCCUCACCAAGAUGGACUCCAGGCUGCAAACACCCAUGUACUUCUUUCUCAGACACCUGGCUUUUACUGAUCUCGGUUAUUCAACAACUGUGGGUCCCAAAAUGUUAGUAAAUUUUGUUGUGGAUCAAAAUACAAUCUCCUAUUAUUUUUGUGCCACACAGCUGGCUUUCUUCACCGUGUUCAUUCUCAGUGAACUUUUAAUUCUGUCAGCAAUGUCUUAUGACCGCUAUGUGGCCAUCUGUAACCCUCUGCUCUACACAGUCAUCAUGUCACAAAGGGUAUGUCAUGUGCUGGUGGCAAUACCAUAUCUUUACAGCACACUUGUUUCUCUUCUAGUCACCGUGAAGAUUUUUAAUUUGUCCUCCUGUGGCUACAACGUCAUUCAUCAUUUCUACUGCGACAGUCUCCCCUUGAUAUCUUUGCUGUGCUCAAACACACGUGAAAUUGAAAUGAUUAUUCUGAUAUUAGCAGGUUUUGAUUUGAUAGCCCUUCUCAUAGUUCUUGUGUCUUACUUGCUCAUUCUCAGAGCAAUUCUCAGGAUGAACUCAGCUGAGGGUCGGCGCAAGGCUUUUUCCACCUGUGGAUCCCACCUGACAGUGGUCACAGUGUUCUAUGGGACUUUAAUAUUUAUAUAUGCACAGCCCAAGUCCAGUCAUUCCUUUGACACUGAUAAAAUGGCUUCCAUAUUUUACUCCCUCAUUAUCCCCAUGUUGAAUCCCUUGAUCUAUAGCUUGAGGAACACAGAUGUUAAAUAUGCCCUACACAAGCUGUGGAAAAAAUUGUACAAUAUCUUUUCUUAA